ACAACAAAGCCCAUACCAUGACUCACCUUUUCAUCCCACUUAAAUAAUCAAACAAAUUACUUCAUCAUCAUCAUCAGCAAGCUACACGCCUACACGCACAACAACAUCUCCUAAUAUAUAUCAUCUACUACUGUUUGAUUUGAUUGGGUUUUUGAAGUACUGGUGAUGGAGUUAUUCGCCAUAGCCACGGCAGUGAAGCUCCGAAGCCACCUAGACAGGUAUCUAGUCGCCGACGACGACAAAGAAACCGUCCAUCAGAGCCGUAACGGCUCAUCACGCAAGGCCACGUGGUUCGUGGAGAUGGUUCAGAACAAGACAGACGUUAUCCGCCUCCGAAGCUGUCACGGCAAAUACCUAACAGCCUCCGAGACGCCCUUUCUUCUAGGCAUGACCGGUCACAGAGUUCUUCAGACGGUGCCGUAUAAGAUGUUGUCGGAUUGGAACACCGAGUGGGAGCCGAUUAGAGAUGGGUUCCAAGUCAAAAUCAAGUCGUGGUGCGGCAAGUACUUGCGUGCAAAUGGCGGGACACCUCCCUGGAGGAACUCGGUCACGCACGAUGAGCCUCAUAGUGGUGCGACGAAGAAUUGGGUUUUGUGGGACGUGGUGCCUGUGGAGGUUGUGGAAACUGACUCUCUGGUGCAGUAUUUGUCGUCUAUGUCGAGUUUCUCUUCUGUAUCUGGAGAUGUUUUGGAGGCCGCAGCGUUUGAUGGUGAUGAUCAGGUAUUUGGGUCCGAGCCUGGAUCUCCUGUCUCGGUUGUUUCUCUCAAGACUCCUCCCAGGUUGACCAUGAUUUCUUCCAUGUCUCCAAAAUUGUCCUCAAAACAGACAUACUCGAAUCAAUUGCGAAGUGGAAUGGAGUUCUUCCGAAAAGCCAAAGCGGUGCGUUUGAGGGGUCACCACGACAAGUACCUCCACGCAGAGGAAGACGAGGAGUCCGUUACCCAAGACCGUAACGGAUCCUCCAAGAAAGCCAGAUGGGCUGUCGAGUUUGUACCAGGUUCCGAAUCCAUCAUCCGCCUCAAGAGCUGUUACGGCAAGUACCUCACAGCCUCCAAUAAGCCUUUCUUGCUAGGCAUGACUGGUCGCAAAGUGAUUCAGUCACUCCCCGGACGACUUGACUCUUCCCUCGAGUGGGAACCCAUCAGAGAAGGGUCUCAGGUCAAGCUCAAGACCCGUUACGGUAACUUCUUGAGGGCCAAUGGGGGUCUGCCACCGUGGCGGAACUCUGUCACCCAUGAUAUCCCCCACAGGACUGCUACGCAGGACUGGAUUUUUUGGAAUGUUGAUGUUGUGGAGAUUCUGGUUGAGUCCCCGGGUGACCACCAACACGCUGGUUCUCCAGUGACCCAUUCGGACUCUCUCGAUUCCGAGUCCAGCUCCCCUUCCUCUGCAUCGAUCAAAUCUGAGAAGUUCUCAAGCCAGGAGUCGAGUGAUUCUUAUUCGGGUGGAUCGCCCCUGAAAUCUGAAGGGAGGACUAUAUACUACCAUGUGGCAGAUGAGAGUGGUGAGGUUGACGAUGACGUUGUGGAAGGUUACUCUUUCACUUUCAAGGGGAAUGGAGUGGAGGAAUUGACCAAGAAAUUGAUGGAAGAGACGGGUCUGGAGGAUAUUGUUGUGUGUAGUCGGAGUCCAUUGAAUGGAAAGCUUUAUCCUCUUCGCUUGCAGCUCCCUCCCAACAAUGCUGAUAUGAAUGUUAUCAUAGUCCUGUCGUCUGCGAAAGGGAGACAUUACAACGCGCAAUAAAAGAUGCUUGUAGCGGCAAGAGAUUUUGGAAAGCAAGGGAUCCCAUAGUGAUGCAUCUACAUUUUCUGCACAGUCCAGUUUAUACAUCUUCACAGACUAGCCGAAAAAAGCUUCAGAGAGUCGAUGGCAUGGAUACUCUCGUGAUUUUACCAAUGGCGAAUAAUGGUCACUGCUCCAUCUCGGUUACUCGUGCCCCCAUCCAUGAUGUUUCCACCGUUUCUUGUCCUUGAAAGAUCAAUCGUGACAAAAUAUAUAAUUCAUGACUUCAUUGUUUUAUUUUGUUGUAAAUUUCUCGUCAUUACCUUUUUGGCUGGUGAAACUGAAAAAUGUGUAUUUUAUGAUGCACUGGGGGGGCUGCUUUCGAUUUCUGACCUUUUUUCAGGGAUCCAUCACAAAAUUAUGUAUAAUAAACAACCGGACCCCCGGAGUUUUGUCUUGUUGCAUAAACACCCCUAUAUGGGUAUGAUUCUGUUCGGAUGGAUGUUCAUUUUAUUUCUGUGGAGGACAUGUUGCUGAUA